AUGUACAAUCAGGAGACUGGCGCUCCAGUUGGUUGCGCAGAGGACUACGUGAGGGACGGGCUGCGCUAUGGCGAGCUGUCAGGGGGCCAGAAGCACCUGAUCUACAUCCUCCGAUACUUUGCUCGCUGCCUAGCUGCUGAUGCUACCUGCAGGGUGGUGCUGCUCUGCGACGAGCUACUAGGAGGCCUGGACUACCUUCGACAGCCGAGAGUCCUGCGGAUGCUCCGACGUCUGAAGAAGGAGCUAAGUUUGGCUGUUCUGUACAUCUCCACUGAGCUCCACCAGCUGCAUCUGGUAGCAGACGACUUUGCCUUUCUCCAUGAUGGUGGAAUCUGCGAAUUUGGCCCUGCAGAGGAGGUGAUGGAGUUUCCAAAGCACCCAGCCACAAAGGAUUAUCUUCAUCAGUUCAAAAGCCUUCCUGGCGGCCACAGACUGGGUGGAAAGCUUGCAGAAGCUUUUGACAAACUUGCAGAGGACGCAGACCUCAACGCAGACUGGCUCUGCCCUGCAAGGCCUCCAUGA